GCUGUUUAUAAGGAGAGCUUUUGGCACUCCGCUCUCCUCUUUUCCUCCACCUCAGCUUUGCUUUGCUUCUGGAAUCUUCUACCACCCCCUCUUGUUACCACACUCAGCCUUGAGUGGGGCCUCGAAGGGGGAGGCGGAGAUACCAAAAACGAGAGAGAGAGAGAGAGAGAGAGAGAGAGAGAGAGAGAGUGAGAGAGAGAGAGAGAGGGAGAGAGGUGGUGUGGGAACAGCUCACAGGCUACCAAGCCAGGGAACUCCUUCCAAUUGGAAAAAGGAAGUCUGCUGAUGCUCCUUCUUUAGUUAAAUUUAACAUCCAAGCGUUCCUCUUGGGAGACAAAGAUGAACUUUGCUGAGGCAGAAAGCUCCAAGAGAUACUGCAUCCGAGGGAAACAUGUGGCCAUCAUCUGUGGGGUGGUGGUGGCCGUGGGGCUGAUCGUGGGGCUUUCUGUGGGCUUGACCCGGCCAAAUGGGUGCCCCCCAGAGCAGGGCACGGCCACGACCACUGCCCCCCCACGCUCCACAGAGGGCCCCUCCGCGGAGUCAGAGGUCUGCCCGGCCACUAAUGAUGAGAGUGGAAAAUGGACCAAUUUCAGGCUGCCAGACUUCAUCAUCCCUGUGCACUACGACCUGGAGGUGAGGCCGGUGAUGGAGGAGGACACCUACACGGGCAGGGUGACCAUCUCCAUCAACCUGACCCAACCCAGCAGCCACCUGUGGCUACACCUUCGGGAGACCAGGCUCACCCAGCUCCCAGUGCUCACAGGGCCCUCAGGGCAGCAGGUGCCAGUCAGCAGCUGCUUCCAGUACAAAAAGCAGGAAUAUGUGGUGGUCCAGGCACGAGAGCAGCUCCCACCCAGCGGAAACCAGAGCUUUUACCUCCUGACCAUGGACUUUGCCGGCUGGCUGAAUGGCUCUCUUGUGGGCUUUUACAGAACCACCUAUGUGGAGAAUGGACAAACCAAGAGCAUAGCAGCCACUGACCAUGAGCCAACAGAUGCCAGGAAAUCCUUCCCUUGCUUUGACGAGCCCAACAAAAAGGCGACAUACAACAUCUCUAUCAUCCACCCUAAGGAGUACAGUGCACUUUCAAAUAUGCCCGUGGAGAAACAAGAGGCAGUGGAUAGCAACUGGGUGCGCACGACCUUCCAGAAGUCCGUCCCCAUGAGCACAUACCUGGUGUGCUUUGCUGUGCAUCAGUUUGCAGCAGUGGAGCGGCAGUCCAACAGAGGAGUGCCUCUCAAAGUAUACGUCCAGAAAGAGCAAAGUCACACUGCCCAGUAUGCUGCAGACAUAACCAAAAUUGUGUUCGAUUAUUUCGAAGAAUACUUCGAUAUGAAUUAUGCUCUUCCUAAAUUAGAUAAAAUCGCUAUUCCAGAUUUUGGCACUGGAGCCAUGGAGAACUGGGGGCUUAUCACCUACAGAGAAACCAACCUGCUCUAUGACCCUCAAGAAUCAGCUUCUUCCAACAAACAGAGAGUAGCCAGUGUGGUUGCUCAUGAACUCGUGCACCAGUGGUUUGGAAAUAUAGUGACUAUGGACUGGUGGGAAGACCUGUGGCUGAAUGAGGGCUUUGCUUCCUUCUUUGAGUUCCUGGGAGUAGACCAUGCAGAAAAAGACUGGCAAAUGCGAGACCAGAUGCUUCUUGAAGAUGUGUUACCUGUGCAGGAGGACGACUCCUUGAUGUCCUCGCACCCAAUCGUUGUCACCGUGUCGACUCCUGCUGAAAUCACCUCUGUGUUUGAUGGCAUAUCCUACAGCAAGGGAGCUUCCAUCCUCAGGAUGCUUGAAGACUGGAUCACUCCAGAGAAAUUUAAAUUAGGAUGCCAAAUUUACUUGAAAAAGUACAAGUUCAUGAAUGCCAAAACGUCACAUUUUUGGGAAGCUCUUCAAGAGGCAAGUGGCUUGCCAGUGAAGGAGGUGAUGGACACCUGGACCAAACAGAUGGGCUACCCUGUGCUGAGUGUGACAGGUCAGAAUACCCUCACCCAGAAUCGCUUUCUGUUGGACUCAAAAGCUGAUCCUUCUCAGCCCCCUUCAGAUCUUGGUUACAAAUGGAAUAUUCCUGUUAGAUGGAGUGAAGGCCAGUCAUCAGCAGUUGAAUUAUACAAUAUGUCAAAAACAGGAGGAAUCACUCUGCCAUCUUCCGGAAGUACUUUUCUCAAAAUAAACCCAGAUCAUAUUGGUUUUUAUCGUGUCAACUAUGAAGAAACAGACUGGGGAGACAUAGCUAACAUUCUUCUCCAAAACCACACGAGCUUUUCUUCUGCAGACCGUGCAAGUCUUAUUGAUGAUGCUUUUGCUUUGGCCAGAGCUCAGCUUCUCAAAUACACACAUGCUCUGAACUUGACCAAGUAUCUCACAAUAGAAGAAGAGUAUUUACCCUGGCAGAGAGCUAUCUCUGCAGUCACCUACAUCAUCAGUAUGUUCGAAGAUGAUAAAGAACUGUAUCCUAAGAUUGAGACGUACUUCCGAGAGCAAGUGAAGACCAUUGCAGAUCAUCUGGGAUGGAGUGAUACCGGAGACCACAUCACAAAGUUGCUCCGGGCCUCCGUGUUAGGGCUGGCCUGCAAGAUGCAAGAUCAGGAAGCCUUGAACAGUGCUUCUCAGUUAUUCGAGGAGUGGCUUAAAGGAAAUUUAAGUGUGCCUGUGAAUCUCAGACUUUUGGUCUAUCGGUAUGGCAUGCAGAACUCUGGCAAUGAGACUUCGUGGAACUACACACUUGACCGAUACCAGAAAUCUUCCUUAGCUCAGGAAAAAGAGAAAUUACUGUACGGGUUGGCAUCAGUGAAGAGUGUUAGUCUUCUGUCAAGGUACCUGGAGUUGGUCAAGGACCCAAAUGUUAUUAAAAGUCAGGAUGUGUUCACAGUUAUCAGGUAUAUUUCAUACAACCCGUACGGAAAAAGCAUGGCCUGGAACUGGAUACAGCUCAACUGGGAAUAUCUAGUCCACCGGUUUACACUCAAUGACAGGAACCUCGGCCGCCUUGUCACCAUAGCAGAGCCAUUCAACACUGAACUUCAGCUCUGGGAGAUGGAGACGUUUUUUGCAAAAUACCCAGAGGCUGGAGCAGGAGAAACACCUAGACAACAAGUGUUGGAGACAGUGAGAAACAACAUCGAGUGGCUAAAACAAAACAGAGAAACCAUCAGAAACUGGUUUUCUUGAACCCACUGUUCUGGCCCCAUAGCAUCAUUGCAUCUGGUGACUCUGUUGUUUCUCCUGUAAAACAUUCAGUGGUCUGGUGGACGAGCUCUGCUGUGGGAAUCUUAUACCCAGCUACAGCUUUUGCCGAAUGUGGUUUUGUAUGGCUUGCUAAACUUCUCAGUUGUUCCUCUCUGUUUAUGCAGGAAGAUACUAAUAGACUAGAUGAUGUACUCAGGGAUUUCUUCUAAGUGUUCUUCAUGGGAGAUUCUUUACAAACUGAAGAGGAUCUAAUAGCCAUUUUAAUAUCUUUAAAUAUCAUCCUUUGUAUCUUAAAUCUGUGAAAGUAGAAUCAUUUGGUCUCAGCUUUACAUUUUUAGUACCAGAGAAACGCCGCUUAAUCUUCUCUCUUGAUUGAUUUUUAAAGUUUAAAUACCAGUACUUGAGGGACCAAUAUUACCACCAUAAUCUUUAUUUUAUUAUUCAGAAUGACACAGAUCUAAUAUCACUGUAUUCACAUAUGUCUUACUCCUAUAAGUCCUAUCAGAGUAACCUAGGCUUAAGUUUUACUCAAGAAUUGCAUGGAUCAGCCACGGAAAAGGCUGACUGUUGCCUUUGCUUGCAUACCAUCAACAAGAGAACUUUCUUCUCCUUUUAAAAAUAAAACUGUAUGACUGGC